AUGGCGGCCGCGGGAGACGCCGGCGAGAAGAAGAUGGUGACGCUCAAGAGCUCGGACGGGGAGGAGUUCGAGGUGGAGGAGGCGGUCGCCAUGGAGUCGCAGACCAUCCGCCACAUGAUCGAGGACGACUGCGCCGACAACGGCAUCCCGCUCCCCAACGUCACCUCCAAGAUCCUCUCCAAGGUCAUCGAGUACUGCAACAAGCACGUCCAGGCCAAGCCCGCCGACGCCGCCGACGCCGGGGCCGCCGCGCCCGACGCGGCGGCGCCCCCCGCCGAGGACCUCAAGAACUGGGACGCCGAGUUCGUCAAGGUCGACCAGGCCACCCUCUUCUCAGGCCGCAAACUUCCUUAA